UUGAACUUCAAUUUAUGAAACACUGGAACGUUAUGCCGCUUUGAUUUUUUAUUGUUGUGAUAGAAUUAAGAAUAUUUUGUGAAAGGACAAACAAUAUAACUUUUAAACAAUACAAAAUGGAACUCACCGAUGAUAAUUUGUUAACGCUGAGCGAAUACUUGAAGCAUACUUUAAGUCCUGAUAUAAAUGUCAGAAGACCGGCUGAGAAGUUCUUGGAAUCGAUAGAAAUAAAUCAGAAUUACCCCUUACUACUUUUACACUUGAUAGACAAACCUGAAAUGGAUAUAACAAUAAGAAUUGCUGGUGCAGUUGCAUUUAAAAACUAUAUAAAACGUAAUUGGAAGAUUGAUGAAGAUGGACUAGAUCAUAUAACUGCACAAGAUAGAUGUGCGAUAAAGAAAUUAAUAAUUAAUUUAAUGUUGCAUUCACCGCAUUCGAUACAAAAGCAGCUUUCUGAUGCUGUAUCGAUCAUCGGUAAACACGAUCUUUUAAAUAAUUGGCCAGAGUUGAUCAAUCAGAUGAUUGAGAAAUUCAAUACAGGAGAUUUAAAUAUUAUUAACGGUGUCUUACAUACCGCACAUUCUUUAUUUAAGAGAUAUAGGUACGAAUUCAAAAGUGAAACUUUGUGGACAGAGAUCAAAUUUGUAUUGGACCAAUUUGCUAAACCAUUGACAGAUUUAUUUUUAACAACUUUAAAUUUAGCACAGAUACAUGCUAACAAUGUAGAUGCCUUAAAAGUCAUAUAUAAUUCUUUGGUCAUGUUAUCAAAAGUAUUUUAUUCUCUUAAUUUUCAAGAUUUGCCAGAAUUUUUUGAAGAUAAUAUGUCAUCGUGGAUGAAAAACUUUCUCGUUAUAUUGAAUGCUGAUGUGCCAUCACUACGAACGACAGAUAAUGAAGAAGCAGGAGUAUUGGAGCAGUUAAAAACACAAAUUUGUGAUAAUAUUUGUCUUUAUGCUCAAAAAUACGAUGAAGAAUUUCAGCCAUUUUUACCAGAAUUUGUAACUACAGUAUGGAACUUGUUAACAUCAACAGGUCAACAAACCAAAUACGAUGAGUUAGUAUCAAAUGCAUUGCAAUUUUUGGCUAUAGUAGCAGAUCGUUCACGAUAUAGACAUUUGUUCGAAGAUGCAGGAACUUUGAGCAGUAUCUGCGAGAAAGUUAUUAUUCCUAAUAUGGAAUUCAGAGAUUCGGAUGCUGAAUUGUUUGAAGACAAUCCAGAGGAAUACAUACGCCGUGAUAUUGAAGGCAGUGAUGUAGAUACAAGAAGACGAGCAGCUUGUGAUUUAGUCAAAGUUCUAUCGAAAUAUUUUGAAGCUAAAAUAAUGGAAAUUUUUGGUGCCUAUAUACAGGUAAUGUUACAAAACUAUGCAGCAAAGCCUACUGAAAAUUGGCGCAGCAAAGAUGCGGCUAUUUAUUUAAUAACAAGCAGUGCGACUAAAGGUCAAACACAAAGGCAUGGUGUAACGCAAAGUAGUGAACUUGUUCCAUUACCACAGUUUACAGCACAACACAUCGAACCAGAACUUUCUAAACCGAACAUUAACGAAUGUCCAGUUCUUAAAGCAGAUGCUAUUAAAUUUAUGAUGUCAUUUAGAUCCGUUUUACCCCAGGAAUUAGUUGUAGGAAGUUUACCACAAUUAGUUAGACAUUUAAAUGCUAUAAGUCCUGUUGUUCAUACGUAUGCUGCUUGUGCAAUUGAUAGGAUACUUUCUAUGAGAGGCACAGACAAUAAUUCUUUAGUUAAAGGAAACGAUUUAAUGCCGUUAGCACCGGAUCUGCUUAAGGGAUUAUUUGCAUGUUUAUCUCAGGCAGGAUCAGAAGAAAAUGAAUAUGUGAUGAAAGCUAUUAUGAGAAGUUUUGGAAUAUUGCAAGAUAACAUUGUACCUUUCUUAGCAGAUUUAUUACCAAAAUUGACAGAGAAACUUACAAUGGUUGCUAAAAAUCCAACACGUCCUAAUUUCAAUCAUUAUCUUUUUGAAACAUUAAGUUUGUCUAUCAAAAUUGUAUGUAAAUCAAAUCCUCAAGCAGUUUUAUCCUUCGAGCAAGUUUUGUUUCCUGUAUUCCAAGAAAUUCUACAGCAAGAUAUCUCAGAAUUUAUACCUUACGUUUUCCAAAUCUUGGCAUUGUUUUUGGAACUCAGGGCUACUCAAGAAAUACCCGAUCCUUACAUGGCCUUAUUCCCAUGUCUAUUAGCACCAGUUCUGUUUGAACGUCAAGCUAACAUUCAUCCACUCAAUAGAUUAUUACAAGCAUAUGUUAGUCGAGGUUCACAUUUAAUUAUAGCACAGGAUAGAACUAGCGGCUUAUUGGGCGUUUUCCAAAAGUUAAUUGCAUCUAAGGUUAAUGAUCGUGAAGGUUUCUUAUUAUUACAAUGUAUCAUUGAAUAUUUCCCACCGAAUACAUUGGAACCAUUCAUGAAACAAAUUUUUGUAUUGUUAUUCCAAAGGCUCUCUUCUUCGAAAACUACUAAGUUUGUACAAGGUUUAAUAGUAUUCUUUGCCUAUUAUAUUAUUAGAUAUAAUGCAACUAGUUUGGUUAAUAUUAUCGAUCAAAUACAACCACAAAUGUUUGGUAUGGUUGUGGAACGCGUCUUGCUUCCCGAUUUACAAAAAGUCUCAGGUGAUAUAGAAAAGAAAGUAACAGCUGUAGGAGUAUCGAAUUUAUUAAUCGAUUGUCCAGUUAUGCUUGAAAACCCAUACAAUUCAUUUUAUCCACGACUUUUAGCUGCAUUGAUAGAAUUCUUUGAAUUGUCUCAAGAUGAAACUUUGUUACCGGAAGAUAAUAUGAUACCUGAAUUUGGAGAAACCAUGGAAUAUCAAGUCGGUUACAGUCAGCUUGCUUAUGCUAAAAUGCCUAAAAAAGAUCCACUUCAAUCUGUUGGCGACGUACGUUUACAUUUGGCACAAGGACUUGGUAGAUUAUCACCAGGACAAUUACCAGGAUUACUUGGACAAAUUCCAGAACCAAACGCAAAUCAUCUAAGAAAUUAUCUACAAUCCGCCGGCAUUACGGUUGCAUAAUAUAAGCUGAAUAUCAGAAACAGAUUGAAGAUUCAUUUAAUAUCACGAAAAAUAACUAACAUCAAAUUGAAUAAAUUGUAACUAAAUAAUGAAAAUUUCUUAUAAAUUUACACAGGAUGUCUCAGCUGAAGAAGACCACCUUAGUAUUUGUUUUAUUUCUAAUGAUAUAAAAAAUAUUUAUAGUAUAAUUAGAUUGUUUUUAAGAGAGAUAUAUGAUAGAAAACCUUUUCUUAGGUUAUUUUUUAUAAAUUUAUUCAAGAUCGUCUCUCUUUUUAUCCAGUAAACAUAAAUUCUUUUCUAUUGCACUUUGUAGCGCAUAAAACAAUACAUUUAAAUAUAUUU